UAGUGUCCCGUGACCAAAGAUUCUUAGCACGUUAGCAACGACUGUCUUGUAAACAAACAUGGCUAUGAAUAUUAAAAUUUGUGAAAUUGUUUUUUAAGAUUGUUUAUUAAUUAUGUGAACAGAUUAUUAUCUUGAAAUGUUUUCUAUUAGUGUCUCAAAACUUUAUUAUACGUGAAAUUAAGUUUUUAGGUAAUAUCGCAUAACGCUGAAAUUAUGGCAGAUGAUCCAAAUCGAGAUAUUUUGCCUGUCAGAGAAGGUUCUUGUACGGAUACUUUUAGUAGUAUAGAUCCCAGGGAUCGACAUUGCGUAAUUAAACUCGAUCGUUAUCAACUGGAGGAUAAAUAUUUGCGACUACUCGAGGAAGCAAAUAACUUGAAGAAACUAACAAAUUGUCAGGAGGAUAAGAUUAAACGAUUGGCAACAAAGUUGAUGAGAGUAACUGCAAGUACAAGGCCAUGCUCGCUCGCUUUAAACAUUUAUGAAGAUAAAAAUAAAAUAAUCGCUCUUGAACUUGAGAACUCCAAGCUCAAAGAUAAAAUCACAGUGUUGAAAAAUCAACUACUGAGUCAUACGAUAAGCAGUAGAUCAUCAUCAAAAACUCGCGCGAGGCCGUCAUCCGGGCGCAUAACUUGCUGUAGCGAAAGCAGCCGUACCAAAUGUCACUGUUUAGACGAUGAUACGUCCAACGUGCAAAGUUAUCUUGAAAAAAUCGAGGAAUUGGAAUCGCAGAAAAGUGAAAUGUGUACUCGGAUAAUGCAACUAGAGAAAGAGGUGGCCACUUAUACUACUAUUUGCCAAAGAGAGAAAGUAGCGGACAAUGUCGAAUACAUAAAGAUUUGGCGAGAAAUGAAGCAAAUAAACGAUAAAUUAAUAACUGCCGAAAACGAGAACGGAUCAUUGACUGCACAAGUCAACGAUUUGAAGGAGAAGCUCGAGGAGAAAACGAAGAAGAACGAAAUUAUGGCAUCGGAGCUUUUAUCGGAGAAGAAACGAAUAGCGGAGAUCGACGAGCAAAUAUUGAAAACGAAAGAUUCUGAACUUUCGUUACGGGAAAAGAACGAGCAGAUAAAAGAUCUCCUAAAAGAGGUGAAGAUAUUGCAGCAACACAACGAGGAGCUUAUAAUACUGAACUCGAAAUAUACAAAAGUCGAGUUAGAGAACAAGGAAUUGAAGAAGAAAGUCAUCGACCAACAACACGAUCAAGAGUGUUUGAAAACUGCUGUUGAUAACGAACAGGCUAAUAUCAUUGCGCUGCAAACCUCGAACGAACAAUUGUUGGGAAAGCUCGAAGAAUUGCAGAAAAAUAUAGAAAAUUUAACGACGCAAGCGGAGAAAGCGGAAGCUAAGGAAGCGCAGAUAUCGAUAUGUUUCUCCGACAUGCAGAUAUCAACAUUACCUAAACAUGAUUUGUUGUGCAAAAAUUUCGAGGCCCAAAUAAAGUGUCGCAAGUGUUCCGAACUAGAAUACGAAGAGAGCGCAGUGAAAAAAGAGAAAUGCAAGAAAUGUUACGAGAUGAUAGACAACGAAGACUUAUAUAAGAACAGGUUGUAUUCUCACUCAAAGACUCAUAAUCAAGUCGAGAAUAAAUCGAUACAAACGGAAAUUGUGAAAACGAUCGUUACGGAUGAGAACGAUUAUAACGAGAUUGUAGCAUCUAAGAAGGAAAUAUUGAUAAAAGAGGUUAUAAAUUCCGAAUCGCAAACAAUAUGUUCGGAAAGUAUGAAACGUGCUAUGAUCACAGAUUCACAGUGUUAUAGUUUGACUCCGGAAAAAAUGUUGAAGUUUUUGGAAGAAGCGCAAAUAGAUAGAACAUGUGCGGAAACGAUAAAACAGAGAAACACGGCCACUGACAUUGAUUAUGAUAUUUUGGAUCAAUAUCAGAGACAAAGGCAAGUUGUCUCUCUUGAGAAACUGCUCUUUGGAGAUUCUGAGAUAGUAACAACGACAGAGAAGCCGAAAAAAAUAUUAACUCUCGAGGAAGAGCCCGAAGUGUUUCAUUACGAGUCAAUUGUAUCUAUAGAUGAUUCCGACGAAGUACAGUCGAUCGUCCUUGAGAAGAAGUCUACCUCGGAAGAGGAAUUGAUCGUGAUGAAAGAGACCGAAGAGGAAACUAAUGCUUCCUUAAAGGAGCCCAUAAUCAACGAUAUCCCGCUUAAAUGGAGAACCGAAUCGAAUGACGAGACAACGGAAGAAGAAGAGGAUUAUAACGAAAGAGAUAGAUUUCUACCUCGACAGAAAUUGGAGCCAGCUAUAUUUUUGAAAGAUCUAAAAACAGAGAACGAAUUCAACGAGAAAAAAUCAAAUGACACGAUUAAGGAAGUGGCCGACGUGAUAGUGGACGAGAAUUGGAACAGUUAUAAGGAACGGAGUCUUCGAGUUAUCAAGGAUUUCAUAAAAAUUGAAGAACCCGUAGCCGAUAAGUCCGAUAAUGACGUAAUUUUCUUUCAAAUUCGAAUAAUCGAGAAGGAUACGAUAAUCAUCGAAAUCAUAAACAUGAAUUUGUACCUGGGAUCUUCUGUUAUGCAGAAUCCUGAUUACGAACUACUUUACGUCGAGUAUUGCUUCUUGGGUUAUUGUGGCGCUGAUAUGGAAACGAUUUCGGUGAGAAAACCAGCCUAUCCGGGUCAAUUGUUCGAAUUUAAUUUUAAGAAAGUGUUUCGAAUAGACGAGGAAAAGCAUUCGGUGCAAAGUAAUAUCUUACGCGCGAUGUUGGCCAGUACCACUAAUCCUAUUAUAAGAUUCAUUGUCGUUUGUGAACCACUUCCCGAAGAAACAGAUAUGAAAGAGUGUGUGGAAAUAGGAUACGCUAAUUUUAAUAUAAGAGAUUAUGCAUUAGGAGAGGCUAAAAAAUAUAACUCGCUUCCGAUCUAUGAUAUAGAGGAACACGUAGAAAUUGGUAUCUUAAAGAUCUCUAUAUUAGGUCUCGAUGCGAUACGCCAACGACUAGCAAAACGUGAAUCGAUCAUAAUAUAAAAUUCGUUGAUAUAUCUGUGUAUCUUCUACGUGUAUGAUACGUGUAGAAAAAAAAGAAAAAAAA